AUGCCAGGUAAAACCCUCCUCAUCCUCGGCUCCGGCCCAGGCAUCGGCGUCCACAUCGCCUGCGCCUUCUCCGUGCGAGGCUUCACGCACAUUGCGCUCGUCUCGCGGGAUUCCUCCCGCCUGGCUAAAGACCAGGAUACCGUUCUCGACGCUAUCCAGGAGCGAGGGUAUUCGUGUCAGGUGAAGACAUGGGCUUGCGAUCUAUGCGAUUUCGAGCAGUUGGAGAGGACGUUGAAGGAGAUUGAGGGGUUUGGGGAGGUGGAGUGUGUGGUGCUUAAUGCGGCGAGGGUGGCGGGACGGGCUGUGCUGGAGGAGGGGGUUGAGGAGAUCCAGGGGGAUUUUAGGUUGACCAACUUGGCUCUCUACAAGACGGCACAAUGGGCGAUUCCUCUGCUCAAGCAGAAGACUGGAGAGCAGGACUCGCCGUCGUUUUUCGUCACGAGCACGACGUUGCUUUACAAAGAGCCCGAGCCGGACCUCGUCUCGUUGUCGAUGGUGAAGUCUGCGCAGCGAGCACUGGUCCUGUCGUUGCACGCGAAGUUCGGCAAGGAAGUACAUGUGGCCUUAUUGAGUGUCGGGGGAGUAGUGUCGACUGCCAACAAGAAUCCAAACCCGGAGAACAUUGCCGAUAAGGCGUGGGAGCUGUACAAGCAGCCGAAGGAUAAAUGGCAGAGGGAAAUGGAGAUACAUGAGUAA